UUCAGCCAGAGAUUUGAGGUCUGUUACAAGGAGGAGCUGGGUGCUGGUGAAUGGAGGUACAGUGUGGCUCUGGGGAAGCAUUUCUGGACAAAACUGAUGCUUCCAGGUGGGAUGUUUGGAAGUGUGGUGGUGGUGGGCAGGUUUCUUCGUUAGACCACCUUCACAUUGGCUAUGGGAAAAGCCAAUGCUGGCUGAUGGCACACUAGGCUUCUUUGGCUAUUUAUUCCUGCUUUAUUAUCAGUGACUGGGGCAGGUGGUGGGAAGCAGCACUUGGGACUCAGUCCAGUCCCUCACUGUUCCUGCAUGCUGGCCCUGCUCUGCUGCCUUCUCUCUGUGGUUGGUUGUAGCAGGCAGCUUGUUGCACUGCCUUGUAUCUGGGUGAGAGUCCUGCUGUCUGGUGCUGGCAGUGCCCUGAGGUUGGGCUGGGAAGGCCAGCCUGUUCCUGCUCCUCUGUUACUUCUGACUGCUGUUCCUGACUGCCUUGGAAUGCACAUUCACAGGCAGCCCACAUCCCUUCCUGGGGCAGCUGUCCUGGGCUGCAGAUGGCUGCACAGGGAAGCUCUGUCAGCUGUCUCCCACCGUUGCUUGGCACUUGGUUGCAGGGACAGCUCCAGUGCUGGCACAGUCUGCAGCGGAGAGCCCUAACAUGCUGUGUGUUUACCUGUACAUGCAUGGUGAAGAUAACUUCUUGGUGCAGGUGCUAAGGGAGUUAGUGGAAAAGUGCCCUGCUAGACAGAGAGGCUCUCAUGGGUAAAGCUGGACUUAAUGGUCCUUAUGGGUCCCUUCCAAUCUGAAAUACUCUAAUGCUUCAGUUGUGGAAGGUGGUGGGGACUUCCAGGGACUGAUGUGGAUCUGUUUCUGCAGGGCUUCUGGCCCCCUUUAUGGGCUGAAGCCAUCUCCUACCCUCCUUUGAUGCUGUCUACAUGUGCCUUGCUAGUGUUUGUCUUCCUGUGGCUCCUGCUGAGACAUGCACUUGACUUGUUCCAUGCCUCUGCCUGCUCCCAGCCCUUGGCCUGUGCUGCUGGAUCAGGGCCCUGAAUGAUGGGGGUGGAGAGCAGUAUGACUGGGAGGUGAGGAUGGGAAGACAAAUGUGGAGCUGCACGUGAAGUCUGGGAGCUGGAGACAUGUUCUGGUGUCUUGAUGCUGCUCCCUUCAGGAGACUGCCUCCCAAAGCCAGAUAUUGCAAGAAGAUUUCUGGCAAUAGGCAAAUCACGUAAUCUGCCCCCUCACUGUUCUAGGUACCCAGUAUCUGCUUGUCUUGGUCAGGGUGACCCUCCUUGGAGUCCUGCUGCGGCCGUGGUGCUGCCUACCCGGUCUGAGAACUUUUUAGGCGAUGGUGCUGCCCAGGUGAGUCCUUGCCUGCAGCUGGCAGCCCCGGAAGGAGUGGGCAGUCAGUAGUAACAGCUGUGCUGUGCUGUCUGCCUCUUGAGCUUCGUCAUGGGCUAGAGGAGGAAACGGGUGUUGCUGAUCGGGCGUUCCUCGAUUCAGAGAAGCGGGGGUGAGCUUGCGUCACUGCCAGUUACAAGCAUGAGCUGGUGGUGUUUCCAUCCCUUCCUCUCCGGAGAUUUCCUUCUUCCCGGCGUUUGCCCCCGGAGGUCCUUGCCUAGCGAUCCUGUCCGCUCCGCUCGGCAAGCGACUGAAAAGCCUUUGCCUGGAUGGCGGCGCCGGAGCAGGGUACUGCCAGUGAUGCCGGCGAGGGGCUGGCUUACCUCUCUGCCGGCUGCCACUUUGAAUGGGCGCUCAUGCAGCAAGCGCUGCAUUGUAUCGGGCCUGCUGAGAGGCUGGUCCCAGCCUGAGUCAAGGAUGAUGCUGGCUGGCCCCUGCCUCUCUCCUGGCUGGCGAACAGUUCUCUCACGAUUCGCGUUUCCCAUCACUUAGGGUUGCCUGUUGCUCGCAGAACUGAGGGGGCCGUAGAGGAGCAUUCGGAGGUCGGGGUAGAGUCACCCUCCAAGCCGCGGUGGUCCAUCGCGGGCGAAAUUCGUCCUAUCUCUCGGCCGAAGUGAGUUCGCCUAAAGGGGAUCGCGCCGGGCCGAGCCGAGCCGCUGAUGCGGAUCUCGAAUCGGGUAUUGGAAAUACUCCGAACAAUUGAGCAGCGCUGGGGACGGCAGCUAGAGUUGUCCAGGACUUUUGACCAGCUGAACUUCACUGAGGAGAAGACAAGAUGCUGGGGGGAAAAAUGACCAGUUUUGGGAAGAAGCUGAUCCGCCGGCGCAUGGUGGACUUGAGCUCUGAUGACACACAUUUUGCUCGCUGCCUCUCCACACUGGACCUUGUAUCCCUGGGUGUGGGCAGCACACUAGGGGCUGGUGUGUAUGUGCUGGCCGGGGAGGUAGCAAAGGAGAUGGCUGGACCCUCCAUCGUUCUUUCCUUCUUGGUGGCUGCUUUCUCAUCUGUACUGGCUGGACUCUGCUAUGCAGAGUUUGGGGCCCGUGUCCCCAAGGCUGGCUCUGCAUAUCUCUACAGCUACGUUACCGUUGGCGAGAUCUGGGCUUUUAUAGCUGGGUGGAACCUCAUUCUCUCCUAUGUGAUAGGUACAGCCAGUGUGGCACGAGCCUGGAGUGCAGCAUUUGACAACAUCAUCGGCAACCACAUCUCCACCUUGUUUGCCGACAAGAUCCCAAUGCAACUGCCAGGAGUGCUGGCCAAGCAUCCAGACUUCUUUGCUUUAAUCCUGAUUUUGCUGCUUACUGUACUGCUGGCUUUUGGUGUCAGCGAAUCUGCCCUUGUGAACAAAAUCUUCACAGCAGUGAACCUGUUGGUGCUGAGCUUUGUCAUCAUUGCUGGCUUCAUCAAGGGAGACAUCAAGAACUGGCAGCUUUCAGAGAAGAACUAUGUCAACUUCUCGCAGUCAGACUCACCGGAUGCCAUGAAAAAGGCUUUUGGUUCUGGUGGGUUUUUCCCCUUUGGACUGGAAGGGAUGCUGACCGGUGCUGCCACCUGUUUCUAUGCCUUUGUGGGCUUUGACUGCAUUGCCACCACAGGGGAGGAAGCCAGGAACCCACAGCGCUCGAUUCCCAUUGGCAUCAUUGUGUCCCUCCUCAUCUGCUUUGUGGCUUAUUUCGGGGUCUCUGCGUCCCUGACUCUCAUGGUGCCCUACUUCCACCUGAACAAGAGCAGCCCUCUGCCUGAGGCAUUCAAGGCGGUUGGCUGGGAGCCCGCCCGCUAUGCUGUUGCCGUUGGCUCACUCUGUGCCCUCUCCACCAGCUUGCUGGGCUCCAUGUUUCCCAUGCCCCGAGUGAUCCAUGCUAUGGCAGAGGAUGGGCUGCUCUUCAAGUUCCUCUCCCGGAUCCACAGUGGCAGAAAGACCCCUCUGAUUGCCACCUUUGUCUCGGGGUUCUUCGCAGCCGUGUUUGCCCUCCUGCUUGACCUGAAGGACCUGGUGGACCUCAUGUCGAUCGGCACGCUGCUGGCCUACUCCCUGGUGGCGGUGUGCGUGCUCAUCCUCCGGUACCAGCCCAGACAGCUGAACUCUCCAAGGGCCAUGGAAAUGCUGGAGCUGAAUGGGAACGAGGAGGACAGAGUGAUCACGGACCCGACUAUCACUGCUGCCAGUGCCCAGCACAAAGAGACAUUGUCGCUGGCGAUGCUCUUCAACCCGCCUGGGGACACCCCCACUGUGCUCUCAGGCCGCAUUGUCUAUGUCUGUGUCACAGUCAUUGCCGCACUGAUCACAGUCCUCUGUGUGGUCCUGACCCAAAAUGUGGCUGCGCUGAAGGAUGCCGAUGUGGGCUCUGUUGUGACUGUGGUGCUGCUCCUCAUGGCUCUGCUCAUUCUCACCAUCAUCAUUUGGAGGCAGCCUCAGAGCAAUACAAGGUUAAACUUCAAAGUACCUUUCCUCCCACUCCUGCCAAUCUGCAGCACCUUUGUUAACAUCCUGCUGAUGGUCAAGCUGAGCUCGGGCACCUGGGCACGCUUUGCCGUCUGCAUGGUUGUGGGUUUUGUUAUUUACUUUGCCUAUGGAAUUCGGAACAGUGUGGAAGCGAAAAAUGCAGAAAAAGCCUGUGCCUCAGUAGAAAAGCCUCUGCACCAUCCUGGACAGGACCUCAGCCCUGGGGCUGCUGUGGUCUGAGGGCCUGGGGACCAGUGCUCCAUGGACCUCUUUGUGACUUUGGGACAAGAUCAUGAUCCAGAGAGUACAUCCAUCCCCUCUCCUGCAGAGAGUGAGUCCCAGAGUACCGAGGCUCUGAGCCAAAGCUGACCUAGGAUGAAUGUUCCAACCAAAUGUUUUAUGUUUCCACUCAUUAACGAAGUAUUGUUAUAUGUGUUCAUUUAUUGGCAAAACGUGUUCACCUUUCUGGCCUAAUUAGGGGGUGUAGGAUCAAAGACAACUCCCUUGGGUCCUCCUUGAGCCCUGGCCAGGCUUUGGGAGGAAGCUGGCAGGAAAAUGAAAUUAGAAAUUAAGUCAGCUUGUUUGUUUGGCUGUGUAAAAGCUGGACCACUGUCACAGCAAAGUGGGGCAGCCUUGUGGCCUGCUAAAGUGGAGGCACUGCAGGAGUUCCCAGUUACUGGUUCUCCAGUCCUUGGCUGUGACAGCUUCCCCCCACAGCUGAUGUUUCUUGGACUUGGAUGAUGUACCUUCUUUGGGGUAACUGGUGGUGUGUCAUAGUCACUGCAGGCAUUCUUUGGUAGCAAUCAUUAGCCUUGCUUAGCUUAUCCCUUUGUAAUUCUUUGUUCAUGGUUAGGUGCAUUGCUUAGCUUAUCCUUUUGUGAUUCUUUGCAGUUUUCCAUCAUAGCAAAUGUCACUGUUCCUUAAGUUGGUGUCUGUGUCUCUGACCCUACCCACCAGCACAACAAAACUAGCAUAGUCAGCAGGGUCAGAACAAACUGUUGCUUUUAAUGAAAGGAAUCAGCCCUGUCUGAAAUUCCCAGAUGGGAAGACUUUCUGUAUAGUUCACUGGUCCUCAAGUGGGCUAAGGUUGGAGGACCAUGUGAGAAAGCACACACUGAAAUAGGAAAGGAACUUGUGGGUUUUGGAAGGCAAGGAUGGAUUUUAUUUAAAGUAUAUCAAACAAAAUACCAACAAAAGGAAUAGUUGUUGAAAUAGACUGACAGAUGUGAGUAGCAGAAUCAAAUUGUAAUGCUAAAGGGCCAAAAUAAGCUGCUUGCUGCUAAGUUGGACUUUCCAGACUUGCCAAAAAGGCUGCAGUUAGAGUAGCUCAGUAUAAGGAAAGAAGGGGGCAAGUGAAUCACAAGCAAAUGUGUGCAGUAAUUGCAGAGGCAGGUGUGCAGUGGGAUCCUGAUAAAUGGAAUGGAGAUAUUUGGGAUUCUGUGGAUUCUCAUGAGGUUGGUUCCCCAGUGAAUUUGUAGAUGUGAGACCAGCAUGGACACAAAAGGUGGAAUUAGAUGCUAAUGGUCAGCAGGUCAGGAGGGAUACUCAUAGAGGGUUAUACUCAACAUGAAGUAAAUGAAAUAUCUGAACAGUUUAAGCAAAGGCCAGGGGAACCUUUUUUCUCUCGGAUGGUGUGCUUGUACAACCAGGGAGCACCAGGGAUAACCCUACUCAGGGGGCUCUAAGAAGUAUUUCGUUUUGAGCUUGGAUUAUUCUGUGCAGGAUGCAUUUUGAAAUAACAUUCACAGUACUAAUUUGUUCAUUUUGGCUGCUUUGGAUGUAAUAUUAAAUAUCCUCCAGAAAAUUAGUGGCCAGGAUCUGAAAGUCAGAGGUAUACCUUGUGAGAUUGUAUACCAGAUGCAUGAGAACCUCUUGAGAUUUUGUGUUUGUAAGAUAAUGUUGCUGAAGAUACAUGUAGUCACUCCAAUAUUUUGCCUGUAACUUUGUUGCAAGGACAAGAUUUUGGUUAUUUAUUUUUUUGUUUAUAUUUUUUAAAAGAAGUUUUUUAGUUUUUUACCUCCAGGUAUAUCCUGUCAAUUUUUGGUAUCUAGCUAUACUCUGAUUCAAGACUUGCAGCCUACUCCCACUGGUAUGAACUGGUAAAGGAACUGUUAAAACACACAGACCUGAGGCUUGCUGAAACAAGCCCAAGAGAAUGGACAAAAGACUUUGCUGUCUAUCAUGACACGGCAGAAAUUCAUCAUGUGAUGUGUGAAGAAAGAUGGAGAACAUGGAUGGUGGGAGACUCUUUUUGGAUGGGUCCUACAGCUGCCAGAAUUCUCAACUGAGUGCUUCACCCUGGUGUCGUUUUAUUGAUGCUAAUUUUAUGCUUUUUGUUCUGAUAAUUGCAUUGUAUGUUAAGGUUUGGAUGAUUGUGAAACAAUUAGCUUACCAACUACCUCCACUGACAGUAGACAAUCCAUGUGGUACCAAAGCAUGAAAUGUUCUCAAGCUCUAUUUGGAUACUGUGAAGCUUGAGUGACUAUAGUCACAGGGUGUAUUAUGUGGGAAAAUGACUGGGAACUCUGUGGACAGGUAGCUGAGGGUACAGUCAGAGAAAACUGAGGAGUUAUAACAGUAUAGAAAUUAUAGGGUGAGUGUUACACUAUUCCUUGAUAUGGUGUUUGUGUCUCUGACCCUACCCCCUGGCAAAACAGUCAGACCUGCAGAGCUGGGUUGUGUGCUGCCUCUUCCCCUCACAGGGAGGUCCCCUGGCUGGAUGGGAGUGCUGGUGGCCCAGGGGUGGUCUCUGCCCUCCUGCAGUCCUGCAGAGGAGCAGUGACACCAGCACAACCCUCCAGCCGUGAAAGUUGCUUUCCCAGUGCACAGGAAGCUCCACGUGAUGGUGCAGUUGUAGUCAUCCCAUCUGUCCUGUGGCUGUGUUCUCCUCCUCCCUGCUUUCCAAGUGCCAGACUUGUACGUGGCAGCCACGGCUGGAGCUCUGCAGGAAGGCUUAGUGCAACUUGUUCUGGUACUCAUGGCACUGCCAGCAAACUGUACUGCCCUGUCCAUGCUGUUUGGUAUAAAAAUCUUGCUCAAGUGUCUGUGAGAUGUCCUCAGUGUUGGUGUACUUGUGUCCAACCUCAUCUGCCUUUGUAUAAUUUUGAAGCAUUUUUUUUUAAUCGAUUAAAUUAAAUGUUUUUAAGUGCUUUUUUC